GGAAGCAACUGCCAAUCCUUUGCAGGAGGUGCAAAUCGCGCCAUAUUUUCCUCUUCUGGUAGCCAAACCUGUUGCUGUGUGUCUGUGGUCAACAAUGGCUUUAUUCAGAACGUGUUUCAGACUGUUGGUGUUUGUUGGAAUAGUCGCCGUGGCCGUACUGCUGCUGAACCACUGGAUGGCCACCAAGCAGUACCUUUUCGACAAAGACGAGGUUGCCAAAUUAGCCAAACAGUACGCGGGGCAGGACCAUGAGCAGGCCUACUCGAAAUUGGUGGUCGAGCUCAGGAAGAGGUAUCCCGGCCACAUCCUGCCCGAUGAAGACCUGCAGUGGGUGUUUAUAAAUGCCGGAGGCUGGAUGGGAGCCAUGUGUGUCCUCCACUCCUCGCUUACGGAAUACGUGAUCCUGUUCGGUACGGGGAUCGACACAUCAGGACACUCAGGUCGCUACUGGGCUGAGAUUUCAGACACCAUCAUCUCUGGCACCUACAGAAGGUGGACAGACGGAACCACCAAGAGUGAACUUUUCUAUCCUGGUGACACCAUCGUGCACGAGAUGGGCGAGGCCGCGGCCGUCCAAUGGUCGGCAGGGACGUGGAUGGUGGAGUACGGCCGAGGUUUCAUCCCGUCCACGUUGGCUCCAGCUUUGGUGGACACCAUCUUCAGCACCCACGACUUUGUCACCCUGUACCACACCAUGAAAGUCUGCUGGAAGGCCAUGCUGUUGGAGAUUGGAACGAUGCUCGCCGAGGCCGGAGUGUUCUAAAGGAAAGGAGGGGUGACACACUGUUUUGACACCUGCACUGGGACAGUCGCAUCACAAGAUGUGGAUGUGCUGUUUUGUCUUUGAUGUCUGGCAAUGGAGUCCAUUCUUACCAGAUGAUCACUUUUUACUGUAAAUGAAUCCUUGAUAUGCUUGAGUUAAUCCAACGAACUGCAUCAGCACUAAAAAAAAAAAAAGGUGAUUCUUUGUUGUCUUUUUUUUUAAAAAUCGAUGCAGCCACGCCCUCCUACAUCUGUCAUACACUAACAGCUAUCUUAUACUACAAGAGCAUUCCUUUUAAGCUCCCUCCCUAGCUGCCUAAGCAGACAAUACGGCCUUUGGUGCUAACAGAACUGUUUAGUAUCUGGUUUUAGGAACCGAAGAUUUAAAAAAAAAAUCCUUCAACUACAACUGUUCAGUGUGACGUUCUAUUCUGCUUUUUCUGUAAUUGAAGAAAACGCUGAUGCUGGUUGCUGAUCCUCAUGCUUCCUUCUAUGUUGACUGCUGGGAUGAUGUCUUCAUGUUACUCUUUGUAAAGACAUGUGGUCUGGAUACCUUGCCAAAUCCCAUUUGGAAAAAACAUUGCUACAGUUCUCAUCAGAGCAUCUCAUUUGUGUUGCUUUGUCUGUCGUUUAUUUUAUAUAUAUCAACAUUUUUAACUGACUACAUUCUCAGAUACUCUAAACGUUUCAGACUGACCAUGUCAGGUUGUAUAUGGUUCAUGUAUGUCUUGAAGGAAUGAUAAACGCUGAACCUUAAAUGGUCGUGAGCACAUAUGCAAAUCAUAUGAAAUAAACUUGUUUUUGAAAAUUA